AUGCCAGUUGUUACGUGUUUUCGAUCAGUAUUCGAGGGAAUAAAAGCUUAUCUAAUCGAAUUAAAUCUGUAUAAGAACCAGUCAACUGAUCCACACGAUCUGAAGAAUCAACGAAUAGCGACAUGGCUUUACAUUAUCGCGUUAACAACAGUUAUAAUCAUAUUAAUUCUAUUCCAAUUACUCCUGGAACAAACAAGAAUAGUUCAAGUAGACUCGGCCAGUUUCUUGACAUACGAAAAUUUAUUUCAGAGAUAUCCAACGACUCUUCGAUGUCCAUGUUCAGAAAUUACAAUCAAAUAUCAAGAAUUUGUUUCUUUGCAGCCUUCGUAUCAUCAGGUCUGUUCUAGUGACUUUGUAUCACAAAAAUGGAUCGAUUAUUUAUUUAAUGAAAAUGCUAGUCAUUAUUUUCCGGGAGAUCUUCGAGCAACAGCAAGUGGUCAAUUUCAGAUACUUUCAACACUCUGCCGAAUUGCAAAUGAGACUGUCAGUAAUGCUCUGACAUUGUUUAAGACAACGGCUUUUGUAAAUUCAGAACUAUUAACAGUGGAGGUGUUUCAGUUGGAAACACGAGCAUUAUGCGAUCUAUUUAAGGUUACAACACUGUCAGCAUUCACACGGAUAUUACAAGUGAUCCAGCAAACGAUGACAGAAAAUCUAUUAAUGUCAGCGAUGGAAACAAAUGUUGUUGCAUUAUUCUAUCGAUUAAACGUAGGACUAAACGCUGUUGGUUUUCAGCAUCCAGACGGUACAUGGUGUUGGUGUUCAAUCGUCGACGACCAGUGUCAAGUGCAAUCGGGCAUUUAUGACUGGUUCGAACAGGAAAGCUAUGGAUAUUAUUAUAAAGGCCAACCAGCAACUCUUUUGAUUCCUGGCUUUUAUGCCGGUUGUUUAUCUUUGAGUUCAUUACUUAUUUCAACACUCGAAAGCUUUUAUAAUCAGACAUUUCUAGAAGAAAUACAAUCGUAUAUAAAGCCGCUUAUACUGGAAAACUUUACUGCUCUGAAAUCAUCAGCAACAAGUCAGAGCUAUCAGUUCAAUACGACGGUAGAAGUACUUGCAGAAAAUCUAUUUGUCGAACAAUGGCAUGAAAAUUUGUCUUAUCAAAAUUAUUUUCAACAAUGUUCACCGUCUCAAUGCACUUAUUCAUAUUUAGAACGAUUCAAUAUUCUACAGGUCGUAACAACGCUUAUAAAAGUUUAUGGUGGACUCACCACGAUCUUAAAGUUAUUGAUGCCAUUAAUCCUGAAUCUAUCACGAAGACGAUUAGUCAGUCAGCCAAACAUUCCGAGUAAGCAGACAACAGCAAGUAUUAAAACUGUUCACUAG